CCCCUUCUGUUUCUCUCUCUAAACCUCCAUUGAUUUGCAGAGGUCUCCACGAAGGGAGAAGAAGAAGGAAAGAAGGAGACUGAGCCCUUUACUGGAAGCUCACCCGCUAUUCCAUAUCCGGGAAGAAGGGCGAAAAUGCGCCUUCUCGUCCUCCUCUUCCUCCUCCUCCACCUCCACAUCCACCUCUCCUCCGCCGCCGCCGCCGGCCACCUCCCGGAGCUCCGGGGACUCCUCUCGAUCAAGUCCUCCCUCGUCUUCGACCCCGUCUCGGAGCAGCCUCCCCUCGGCUGGUGGAACUCCUCCGUCUCCCACUGCCUCUGGUCCGGCGUCACCUGCAGCCCCCGCACCGGCCACGUGACCGCCCUCGACCUCUCCGGCCUUAACAUCUCCUGCCCUGUCCCGCCCCAGAUCUCCUCCCUCACCGCCCUCAGCUACCUCAACCUCUCCGACAACUUCUUCAACGAGUCCUUCCCCGCUCAGCUCGCCGUCCUCAAGAACCUCCAGGUCCUCGACCUCUACAACAACAAUAUGUCGGGACCACUCCCCUUCAUCGUGACCCAAAUGUCGGCCUUGCGCCACCUCCACCUCGGCGGGAACUUCUUCAACGGCAGCAUCCCGCCGGAGUACGGCCAGUGGGAGUUCCUGGAGUACCUCGGCGUGCAGGGGAACGAGCUCAGCGGGGCCAUUCCCCCCGAGAUCGGGAACUUGACGAAACUGAAGGAGCUCUAUGUUGGUUACAACAACAUCUACGAAGGUGGCCUGCCGCUGCAGAUUGGGAACUUGUUGGAGCUGGUCCGACUCGACGCAGCCAGCUGCGGGCUCUCAGGCGAGAUCCCCAUUGAGAUCGGGAAGCUUCAGAAGCUGGACACUCUGUUCCUCCACAUGAAUUCCCUCUCCGGUCCACUGACCCGUGAACUCGGCCAACUGAGCAGCCUCAAAUCGAUGGACCUCUCCGAAAACAUGCUCUCCGGGGAGAUACCGGAAUCGUUCUCGCAGCUAAAGAACCUGACUUUACUCUGCAUGUUCCGCAACAAGCUUCAUGGCUCGAUCCCCGACUUCAUCGGAGACCUGCCCCAGCUUGAGGUCUUGCAGUUGUGGGAAAAUAACUUCACGGGUAGCAUCCCUGUUGGGUUGGGAGAGAAUGGGAAGCUUCAAUUCCUCGACCUGUCUUCGAACAAAUUGACGGGCACUCUGCCUCCUGAUUUGUGCAUGUUUCGUGGGGUCAUUAAUGAAAUUCCCCUCCCUCCGCGGCUUAAAGUCUUAUCCCUCUCCAACAACCAAUUUUCUGGACAGUUGCCGAUAGUCUUCUUCCGAAAUUCAAAUGUUGAGUUGGUUGACUUAGCCAAUAACAAUUUUGACGGCCCACUUCCGAUUCCAUCGCCCAAUGUUUGGUUCUAUUCCGCUGCAAACAAUAAGUUUAGUGGAGAUAUUCCUCAUCAACUCUGCAACGCCACUCUGCUACGUGUGGUGAUCCUCUCCAAUAAUAGCUUGAAUGGCUCCAUUCCUCACUGUUUCAUAAAUUUAAGUGCAUCGGUGUUGGACCUCCGAGCAAAUAAGCUUGUUGGUCAUAUACCAGAUAUAUUUUUCUCGUGGAACAACUUGAGGACGAUUCAAUUGAGUCAAAAUCAACUUGAAGGUACUCUGCCGCGAUCUUUGGCGAAUUGUAAGAAUUUGGAAGUUUUGGAUCUCAGUGACAAUGAGUUGGAGGGUCGCUUCCCUAAUCGGUUGGGCACUCUUCCGAAUUUGCAGGUGCUCAACCUGAGAUCCAACAAGCUUCGUGGUCUGAUUAACAGCUCCAGGAAGAAUAAUCAUCCCUUCCCAAAGUUGCAUAUUUUUGACCUCUCUGACAACAGCUUUUGUGGUCAUCUUCCGGCUAAGUACAUUGCCAACUUCAUAGCCAUCAAAGAUGAAUCAAGAAGCAGUUUACAAUACAUGGGGGCAAAUGAUACUCACGCAACCUGGCCACCCUAUCAAGAUUCAGUCACGGUGGUCAUGAAAGGGUUCGCCAUUAAGUUGGUGAGAAUUCUGACUGUGUUUACGACCAUCGACUUCUCAAGGAACUUCUUCGGAGGAGAUAUCCCAGAGUUAAUAGGAGAUCUGAAGGCACUCAAGGGACUCAACUUUUCUCACAACAAUUUGACCGGAAAAAUCCCUUCUUCUGUGGGGAACUUGACGAAUCUUGAGUGGCUGGACCUCUCCUCGAACAAGCUCAACGGGGAGAUCCCUAGAGGAUUGGCGGAUCUGUCGUGGCUCUGCUGGUUGAAUCUCUCAGAUAACCAGUUCGUGGGACCAAUUCCUCAAAGCACGCAAUUUGACACAUUCGACCACUCCUUUGACGGGAAUCCUGGACUGUGUGGGCAUCCCCUGCCAAAAGCAUGUGGGGUCGACAACCCGCAAUCACCACCUCCGACAUCCCCAGAAGAUGGAGAAAAGAAGGCGCAAGGUGGGAACUGGAUCAAGUGGAAGGCAGUGGCAAUGGGCUAUGGAUGCGGAAUUUCAUUCGGGAUAUCAGCAGGGUACGUUAUGCUGGAAACCAGGAGGUCGAAAUGGCUGGUGAGAACAGUUGAGCGAUGGCUGGUGGGAAGAGACAGAAAGACAAAUAGGCCGAAGAAAAAAUGCGGCUCGAAGAAAUCACGCGAGGCACUUAUUCAUGACCGAUUUUGCACAUUAACAUGUGAUUUUAUAAGAAUGAAAAAGUGCGUAUAGUAUUUACUUUAAACAUUUUUUUUCUCAUUUCCAAAAACAAACACAAAUUAAUCAGGAGGAGCACCGGAGGCCAAUAAGAUUGAAAGAAGAGCAGCAAAAAACAGUGCGUGUGGAGGCCUCCGUCAACCAAGGGUUAUGGCAAUAUAUCAAUGAUCAAGUGGAAAGCUCACCUUCUUCAAUCCAUAAGCAUCUUCAUUUUUAUUUUAUUUUUUUGGGUUUUAAGUGAAAUGACAACAAUCGUGUAUUUUAUUUCUCCGUAGUAAAAUGAUGAAACAUAUGAAUGAGAUCAAUACUACUUGAAGCGUC